AUGUCUCUAACCAAUGAUUCAUUCCGUCUCGGGUUCCCAUCCGGGAAGACGCCAAUGACCAGCGAAGCUGAGUUUGCUGGUAGUGGCUUAUAUACUUCGCUGCCAAGUCAUUGUUUGACCGCCUCUGGCUCCCUUCCACCCUUCAAGUGGUUGUGCAAAAAGAGCCCUUCGAGGAAUUUGGUCGACUGGCAUGCGCAGCACGUGGCCAAGCCAGCGCAACCUAUGCAGUGUGAUCAGUUCAUCUAUCGAGGAUACUCUUUGGAGCCUGAGUUGGAUCGCGUCUUGAAUACACCAAACAAGUUGUCUAUUCGAGAUGCAGAAGCAUUCGACCCAGUGCAACACCUUACUCUACUCCACAAACUCGAGUCUUACGGGAUUCAGGGGGAAAUUCUACGCUGCACUAGGGCGUUCCUAUCGGACAGAACAUUCCCAAUGAAAGUAGGCUCAAUCCACUCUUCUCCGGCGCUGGACUCUACUGGAGUUUCUCAAGGCUCCGUUUAUGAACCACUGUCGUGUCUGAUCCACGUUAACGACUUACCAGACAUUAUAUCGAGUCUACCUUUCGCGGACGACUUGGAAUCCCGAGUUUCAAAUUCCAUUGCCCUUCAAGUGGGUGUAGACGCUACAAGGUAG